AUUUUUUUUCUCCCCUCCCCCGAAAACCGUACGCCUGGGGAAAUCGAGGGGAAAGCGACGGUCCCUCGUCGGGGUUGGGACACCACUAACCGAUUCGGUCGUCUCACAAGCCCACGGAAACUACCCAAGCCCCGCAAACUAUUCCGCCUGCAACUGACGCGAACCCUGGUUGGUCCAGUGCCACCGACACUGUGGCCGAUGCACUCGCGCCCCGGAACCAUGAACACCUUCUCGGUCGCGCGCCAUCCUGCAGGUCGAAGAUAAAUAACCUGCCCUGAUCCAGCAUCUCCAGAGCUCUCGGAUACCUCUCUUGCUUGCUGCCGUACAUUGAUAGCAUCGGUCUCUUCUCUGUGCCAUCUUCUCUCUUUUCAUAAUUAUUGCCUGCGCUCGGGGCUUCGUAGACACGAUGGCCGAUACUAAAACACCACCAGGUUCGGACGGGCCUCUUCCAGACAAGGAGACCGGCGCAGUUGCUGCUGCUGCGGCUCCUCUGGAUGGCGACAUCGCUAUCGUGGAGGCAAAGCAUGCCUCGGAGAAAGAGCACCAAAUGUCCCUCCUGAAGGCUCUCAAGCUGUAUCCCAAGGCCAUCGGCUGGUCAGUCCUGGUAUCGUCCACCAUCAUCAUGGAAGGUUACGACCUUGCCCUGCUCGGCAACCUGUAUGCCUCCCCGGCCUUCAACAAGAAAUUCGGCGAGUAUGACGCCGCCUCGGACAAGUAUGUAGUCUCGGCUGCCUGGCAGUCCGGUCUGUCCAACGGUGCCAGGGCGGGCGAGAUCUUCGGCCUGAUCUUUGCCGGUUGGGCCUCGGACCGCUUCGGCUACAAGAUGACCACCAUUGGGUCGUUGAUCCUGAUGAUCUGCUUCAUCUUUGUCCUGUUUUUUGCACCCAAUGUCAAAGUGUUGGUGGUUGGCGAGAUUCUGUGUGGCGUUCCUUGGGGUGCAUUCCAGAGCGUAACGGCAGCUUAUGCCUCCGAGGUGGCUCCCAUGGUGCUUCGUCCCUAUCUCACCACCUUCAUCAAUAUGUGUUGGGUCAUUGGCCAAUUCUUUGCCGUUGCCGUCAACAAGGGGUCGGUGGGACGGAACGACGACUAUGCCUACAAGAUUCCGUUUGCCGUGCAGUGGGUAUGGCCCGUUCCCAUUCUCGCUGGUCUCAUCUUCGCCCCCGAGUCCCCUUGGUGGUAUGUGAGGCACGGCCGGAAAGAGGAAGCAAGGAGGUCCUUGCUGCGCUUGACCUCGCGAAACCAGCCCGACUUCGACCUUGACGAGACCAUAGCCAUGAUUGAGCACACCAACGAGCUGGAGAAGAAGCUGAAGGAGGGUGUUCGGUUCCGUGAUUGCUUCAAGGGCGUCGAUCUCCGCCGGACCGAAAUCGUCGUCGGCAUCUGGCUUGUCCAGACGCUUGGAGGGCAAAACCUGAUGGGUUACUUUGCAUACUUUCUCGUCCAAGCCGGCAUGGACUCGAGCAAUUCCUUCACCCUCUCCCUCUGCCAAUACGCCCUCGGCAUGAUCGGCACCGCCGGCUCCUGGUUCCUCAUGUCCAGGGUCGGCCGCCGGAAAAUCCAUUUUGGCGGACUGUGCGCCCAGCUCACCCUCCUCAUCAUCGUGGGCUGCCUUUCCUUUGGCACGACGAAGGCGUCCGUCUGGGCCAUUGGUGCGAUGCUGAUCGUCUUCACCUUUGUCUACGACUUCGCCGUCGGCCCCGUCACCUACUCGCUCGUCUCGGAGCUCUCCUCGACCCGCCUCAAGGCCAAGACGAUCGUGCUGGCCCGGGCCGCGUACAACGCCAGCAACAUCUUCGUCAACGUCAUGACCAACUAUCAGCUGAGCUCCACCGCCUGGAACUGGGGGGCCAGGACCGCUUUCUUCUGGGCCGGUUCUUGCCUGCUGUCGGCCAUCUGGGUCUUCUUCCGCCUGCCGGAACCCAAGGGCAGGACCUACGCCGAGCUGGACCUCUUGUUUGAGCAGCGGGUGCCGGCAAGGAAGUUUGCCGAGACCAAGAUUGAUCCCUUUGCCCACACAGAGGAGAAGAGGAGCUUGUCGGGCGAGAUGCUGGAGCACGUAGAAAAAUAAUUAGUUUGUCCAAGACAGUGAAUAAUUUAUCACACACGACAAAACCGGGUCAAUCUGCGUCCCAUGCACACGGCCCUUCCCGUUUUUUUUUUUUUUUU